AUGCCUGUCUCAGAUAUGCAACUCACAAAUGAAAAGCAUGCAGACGAGAAACCCAUUAAUGCUAUCAUUAUAAAUUCAGUAUCCGAAUUCAAUAUCACAGAUGGACCAGCCAAGGAAACCCCCAGUGAGAAAAAACUGUCAGAAUUCAGCACAUCACUGUCCUCCCUUGAAGAAUGCCAAACGAAAUUUUCCUACCUCCAAACUGAUACUUCAGUUCAUCAGAGAGACACUGAUGAGGAGUGUGCCUCUCUCAUCCUCACCUGUCUGUUUUGCCAGUUUUGGGACUGCCUCCUGAUGCUCCCAGAUACGUGCGAAACAGUGUGUACCAACCUGUGCUGCCCGUCUCACAGGUACCACCACACCUCGGAUGAAAGCCACCCGCGGCACGACUGCAAGUGCAACUGUGACGUCGACUGCAGUCUUUUUGAAUCUUGCCACGAGACCAGCGAGUGUCUGGAGUUGGCCAUGGAGAUUUCAGAAAUCUGUUACCGCUAG